AUGGAUGAAAAAGUUCAAGCAGACUUCGAAAAAGCAACGAAACAAUGGAACACGCUGAAAGAGACGAUUGAAAAAUGUGGAGCUGAAGUAGUUGUGAUGGAAUCAGAAGAUGCUCGAGAUUAUCCGGAUAUAGUUUUUUGUGCAAAUGCAGGAAUUCUUCGUGGAAAGAAGAUAUAUUUGUCUCAUUUCGCAUUUCCAGAAAGAUAUGGAGAGCACGUCUUCUACAAACGAUUCUUUGAUAAAUUAGGUUAUGAGACGUCCUUCAAUCAUAAAAUAAUACACGAAGGAGCCGGAGAUGCAUUAUGGUGUGGGGAAGGAAUGAAUAUUUUAGUGAGUGGAGUUGGUCCAAGAUCUGAUGUUCAAGCAUGUGAAGAUAUUCAACUGAAGAUGAAAUUGAAUGAGAAAGAUCAGUUCUACGUUGUUGCCGCUCGUCUUGUAGAUCCACGUUUUUAUCAUGUUGACACGUGUUUUUGUCCACUAGAUGAGAAUCUAGCAAUGGCCUACAUGCCAGCAUUCGAUAGUGUUUCACAGAACAAUAUCAGAAACUACACGGAACUAUUGUCGGUCCCUGAAAAAGACGCCCGUCGAUUCGUUUGCAAUUCUGUUGUAAUUGGAAAGAACGUGAUCGUUCAUCAUGGAUCUGAUACAACAUUCAAAUUGCUUGAGAAACACGGAUACCAAAUUCAUCCUAUUGAUAUGAGCGAGUUCAUGAAAGCUGGAGGAUCGGCGAAGUGUUGCACUUUGAGAUUAGAAUAA